CAGUGAUUUCUCUGAGUAGCUAGCUGGUUCCACACGCUCAGCUCACUUGCGCGUAAAGCCCGAUUUGAAUCUGUUAGCUACCAGAAUGGAUUUAAACAACGUGAGGCGCGUAUCCUCUGCAGGUUACCGGUUACGGGAACAAGCCAACGGUAACGGGACCAGGCCGAUAUCAACCCGGCCACCGGCGGACAGGACGCGUUCCGCUAAAGGAGACGCGGUGUCCGUAGAGCUGAAUCCAGACAGGCGGGAUCCCGUUAAACAGGACCAGGUCUGGAAGGAGAUGGUGUGGAGUGAGAGGAGAUCAGUGCGGGAAUGGGAGACGAACUGGAACUUUCUCAGGAACUAUGAUCAAAUGGGGCAGCCAAAGUCAGAGGAGCCUUUACCCAGCUAUGUGUCGCUCUUCUCUAAUGACGUCCCCAACACCACCAACCAGAUGUUUGGCAGCAGACUGUCCACUCCACUGGGGAGUGAACUGGUCAGACUGGACAGGCUGUUCCUCUGGUCUGGAGGCCAUCACAAGCGCAAGCAGGACCAAGAGAUGCUGCCCUGCUAGGCCGCUGUGAAGACGAGCCACUUGUCACCAGCACCUCUGCAUAUUAGCUCUUUUUUAUUUUCUUUUUACCCUGGACUCUUCAAAGCUGGGACUGCACUGGAGCUUAGAUGGGUUUGGGAUGGUGUGGCACUCACCAUAGCUCAGCCUAGGUGAGUUUAGAUUAGAUGUUUUGUUUUCUUUUGUCAUUUUAAUCAAGAGUAAUUAUUAAGUAGAAUACAGACAUCUAUUUUUGAAGCCAUAUCCAGGAGGGAGUCAGGACUAAUAAAAGGAUUGCUGUCCUACAUCUGCUAAUUUCCUUUAUUGAUUAUAUUGUAAUUUAUGUCCUGAAUUGUAUUCAUUUAUUCAUAGAUGAAGAUAGAUCUGAGUGUUGUUGUCUGUGGCAAAAACAGUUUUUACAUAUGCAAAGAGUACAAAAGUGGAUGUUGAAGAAAUUUGCUCACCUCUAAAGCCAGGUGAGAAGGAAAGACACCAGCAGAUCCGAUUCACGUCAUCCGAGCUCCAUCAGGUCUUUCAUCAGAUACUUGAUAAUCUAACAAGAUACCUGAUCAAAUUUGGAUGAGUGAAAGGUUGUAUCUCCACCACAUUUCUCCACACUCAAAUAGUGCUGCAGGAACAAACAACAAACAAAACAAAAAAAACUGGCAUACAGUUUAAAAACAGUUGUAUCAUAAGUAAAUGUGAGACUCUAACUUGCUGUUGCUAUUAGAAUAUCUUAUUUUGGUGUUAAGUUGUGUUAAAAAA